ACGUCUGCACCAUGGACAGGGAUCUGAGUGACGAUGACAGUGUGGUGGACCUUAGCUUCGAGGCCGAGAGUCCUCCGGCGCCCCCAGCCGAGCUCCUGGAGAGACUGCCCAGUUGUGACUGGCUUCUUCAAGGAGGCGGACAGCAGAUAUUCUUCCCACCUUUGGAGGCUCCCGGGAGACCCCUGGAACAAAGGUGCUGGUCCUCAUUCAUGGAACACAGCAGAGUCCCCAUGGUGACAGAAGAAGUGGCUCGGGAAGCCCUCCUCAGCUUUGUGAGCUCCAAAUGCUGCUAUGGCCGCGCAGCUGCCGGUGACCUCGUCAUCCAGGAGCUCAAGCAGCAGACUCUCUGCAGGUAUCGACUAGAGACUUUUACCGAAUCCAGAAUAAGCGAAUGGACAUUUCAACCCUUUACUAACCAGUCAGUGGAUGGGCCACAAAGAGGGACCUCCCCCAGGCUUUGGGACAUCAAGGUCCAGGUCCCCCCGAUGUUUCAGGAAGAUACGAAGAAGUUUCAAGUCCCUCACUCAUCACUGGUCAAGGGAUGCCACAAAUGCCAUGGGCGUGGGCGUUACAAAUGCAGCGGCUGCCAUGGGGCCGGCAUGGUGAGGUGCCCAUCCUGCAGCGGAGCCAAGCGCAAAGCCAAGCAGUCCCGCAGGUGUCAGAUGUGCUCGGGGUCUGGCCGGCGGAGGUGCAGCACGUGCUCAGGGAGGGGCAACAAGACCUGUGCCACCUGCAAGGGGGAGAAGAAACUGUUGCACUUCAUCCAGCUGGUCAUCGUGUGGAAAAACAGCCUGUUUGAGUUCAUGUCUGAGCACCGACUGAAUUGCCCUGGGGAGCUCCUUGCUAAAGCCAAAGGAGAAAGCCUCUUUAAGGAUGAAAGCACCAUGGUGUACCCCAUUGUGGAUUUCCCACUGCGGGAGAUCUCUCUGGCCUCCCAGAGGGGCAUUGCCGAGCACAGCGCUGCCCUGGCCUCCCGGGCCCGAGUCCUGCAGCAGCGCCAGACCAUCGAGCUGAUCCCCCUCACAGAAGUGCAUUACUGGUACCAAGGACAGACUUAUGUCUACUAUAUCUAUGGCACGGACCACAGAGUGUAUGUGGUCGAUUACCCCGAGCGGUACUGCUGUGGUUGUACCAUCAUCUGACGCGGCCCAGCCAUCUCCGGAGCCAGGAGGACAAAUGAGGUCCCAGAGUUUACUCGUCAAUGGCUACAUUGGACAAUCCUAUACAAACCCCGGUGUGUCCUUCUAGACAAUCCAGCUUAUCAUCUGUCAAGCCACAGGUCUUUCCAGAGUUCCUCUGGUGGGAUCUGUCAUGUGUUUAACCUAUGAGAGUUCAGCUACACCCAUUUUUUUGGAACAAAUAAUUUAAGCGGGUGGGGCCAUGCCUCUGGUCUCCAAGCUAACGUCUUGCCCCGAUGGAGCUUGUGGUUAGAUUUUGCCUCUCCCUUGGCUUGUCUCUGUUCUGCUGUGCUGCUGCUAGUGUGAGCCAUUUGCUAAGCUGAGCAAAUGGCUCAGAUGUGUAGAGCUAUCCUACAAACUGGCUGCCUCUUAAUGUGCACCACACAGUGCUCUUAGGCAUCGAGAACAAAAUUUACCCCCUAUUCUGUGGGCUAGGAAUUCAGAUGCAGACACAGUGGAGGUAGUUUAUCUCUGCUCUGUGAUGUCUGGGGUCUCACCUGGGAGAUGUGAAGGCUGGGGUGGCUCAAGAGCAGGGGGCUCAGAUCAUCGGAAGGCUGGUUCACCCAGAGGUCUGACCGUGGAUGGUGGCUGUCAGCUGGGACACCUGCAGGCCACUUCUCCAUGCGGCCUGGGCUUCCUCACCAUGUGGCACCUCUCGGGGUAAGCAGCCGUCAUGCACACCCCAAUUGAAGAAAUAGAGAUCUGUUUCCAAGCUGGAGAACAAAGCUGCCGUGUUGGAUAAACUGCAGGUCUAUGCGCUGGUCUCUAACACGGUGCAUGUGCAGGGGUAGGUUUUGGAGAGUGACUCUGGAGAUAUGUAGAUUCUUACAUCACCUGCCGACCUUAGAACCUGCUCAUUAGUAGAACCUGAACUGGGUGUCCUGUGCACCCAGUCAUGUGCAUGAACUCCCACUUUGUGCAGCAAGGCUGGGUGGGUGCAGGGGAUGCUCUGUCGACUGAAUGCCCAGUCUGCUUUGGGGGCCAGCUGGGCCACUGUGCACCUGGUUGGGGGUAACCAGAGGCCCCUGUCAUCUUAUUCCAACUGCACCCCACCUGGAAGGGGAUUGCUACACACUGAGAGGGCCAGGCUAUGCCCCCUUGUUCCCCAAGCUCUUGCUGGCCUGCAGCCCCUGUCCCCCUUGGUUUGGGAGGAUGUGGACAUAACAGGCCUUGCUGAGGGAAGCUUGGGAAGUCUGAGGCCACCCUCCAGGGCAUUGUUGACAAAUGAUAUGCAAAUGAGCACUUGCACCCUCACCUGCUACACCCCUGCCCCAGGAUUCCCCAUAUCCCAUUCGGUUGCUGCUGUACCCCUGAGUCUGGCCAAAUUACUGGUGGGGUCUUGCUUACAAGAGCAUCAGCAUUUGGAGGGGUGUCCCGCUCCCUUGGGGCUGCAUGGAAGACAAGGGAAAUUGAGAAGCAAAGGGAUGUGAACCAGGAGGCUGAGUCACCCGGUCCUGGCCAACCUUCCAGGCUCAGACUUUGCCUCCCACGCCGGCUGACCCUAGCCAAUGCCACACGCUCCGCAUGUGGGGGAGGCUGAGGGCGGGAUGAGGUUCGUCCUUGCCUUGCCUGGCUCUCUGGCGCCUGGGGACGGAGCCUGGUGGUGGCAGGGGAGACAGAGAGAGAAUACUAAGAGACUCCCUUCCUCCGCUUCCUCCUGGAGCUCUGCAGUGCUCAAGUCUGGGAGGCCAGCACUUCCGACCCUGGUGUCUCUACAGCCCACCUCUGUGGGGCUCACCCGGGAUGCUGCUGCCCCCUGGGGGCAGGCAGGGUUUUGGGUUGUUGCAGUGACUGGAAGUGACACUCCUGGCAUUUGGUGGACAUAGAACAGGAAAGCUAGCUGGCUACCACUCUGCACAGUGAAGCCUGUUUCACGUCUUCCACGACUUGCAGAUCCGCCGCUGACCUUCACCGAGAACUUCAUUACCAGAACCUCAGCGGGGACUGCUGACUGCAGUGCUCACCCUCACUUACCGGUCAGCUCUGCUCUUUGAUUUUCCCGUAUGGUUAGGAAUUGCUCAGGUCCUCUCACUUCCUGAAGUCCAAACUCGUAACUCCCUGACGACUUCGUUACAGCCCCUCACGCCGUCCUGCCUGAGCAUCACAACCGGAAAUACGUGCAGUAAAAUGUUACUUUCUUCUCAUUUCUCUGUUCUCUUUC